AUGUCACACAGCAAUGCUUCCAAUGUAUUUUUGGAUUCAGUGCCUAGCAAUACCAAUCGUUUUCAAGUGAAUGUCAUAAAUGAGAGCCAUGAGGGCUGCGCUGCUGCGGAUGAUAAUACCUCCCCUCCCCAUUAUGAAGAAACUUCUUUUGGGGAUGAAACCCAGAACAGAUUCAGAAUUAGCUUCAGGCCUGGGAAUCAAGAGUGCUAUGACAAUUUUCUCCAAAAUGGAGAAACUGCUAGAACAGAUGCCAGUUUUCACACUUACGACACUCACACAAACACAUACUACCUACAAACCUUUGGCCACAACACCAUGGAUGCUGUUCCCAAGAUCGAGUACUACCGCAACACUGGCAGUGUCAGUGGACCCAAGGUCAACCGACCCAGCCUGCUGGAGAUCCAUGAGCAACUUGCCAAGAAUGUGGCAGCUUCCCCAGCUGUAUCUGAUAGGGUUGCUAAUGGUGACGGGAUGCCUGGAGAUGAGCAAGAUGACAGCAAGGAGGAAGAUAAAGGUGGUGCUGUGAAGUUUGGAUGGGUGAAAGGUGUGCUGGUAAGAUGCAUGCUGAAUAUUUGGGGGGUCAUGCUCUUCAUUCGCCUCUCCUGGAUUGUUGGAGAAGCUGGAAUUGGUCUUGGUGUGAUUAUCAUCGGCUUAGCCGUGACAGUGACUGGUAUCACUGGUUUAUCCACCUCUGCUAUUGCCACAAAUGGAUAUGUUAGAGGAGGUGGGGCCUACUACCUUAUUUCCAGAAGCUUAGGGCCCGAGUUUGGUGGCUCUAUAGGUUUGAUCUUUGCUUUUGCCAAUGCAGUGGCUGUUGCUAUGUAUGUGGUCGGAUUUGCUGAGACUGUGGUAGAUCUUCUGAAGGAGAGUGAUUCAAUGAUGGUGGAUCCAACCAAUGAUAUCCGGAUCAUAGGUUCUAUCACAGUGGUGAUUCUUUUGGGAAUUUCAGUAGCUGGAAUGGAAUGGGAAGCAAAGGCUCAAGUUAUUCUUUUGAUCAUUCUUCUCAUUGCCAUUGCAAACUUCUUCAUUGGAACUGUCAUUCCAUCCAACAACGAGAAGAUGUCCAGAGGUUUCUUUAAUUACCAAGCAUCAAUAUUUGCGGAAAACUUUGGACCAAGCUUCACAAAAGGCGAAGGUUUCUUCUCUGUAUUUGCCAUUUUUUUCCCAGCAGCUACUGGAAUUCUUGCUGGUGCCAAUAUCUCAGGAGAUUUAGAGGAUCCCCAAGAUGCCAUUCCCAGAGGAACCAUGCUAGCUAUUUUGAUAACCACUGUUGCCUACAUCGGAGUUGCUAUCUGUGUUGGAGCCUGUGUGGUUCGAGAUGCCACUGGCAACAUGAAUGACACCAUCAUUUCUGGGAUGAACUGCAAUGGCUCAGCGGCCUGUGGGUUGGGCUAUGACUUCUCAAGAUGUCGACAUGAGCCAUGCCAGUAUGGGCUGAUGAACAAUUUCCAGGUCAUGAGCAUGGUGUCUGGGUUUGGCCCCCUCAUCACAGCAGGCAUCUUUUCUGCCACACUCUCCUCGGCCUUGGCCUCCCUCGUCAGCGCACCCAAAGUGUUCCAGGCCCUGUGUAAGGACAAUAUCUAUAAAGCCUUGCAAUUCUUUGCAAAGGGCUACGGGAAGAACAACGAGCCACUGAGAGGAUACAUUCUCACCUUUGUCAUAGCCAUGGCAUUCAUUCUUAUUGCGGAACUAAACACCAUAGCUCCCAUCAUCUCCAACUUUUUCCUGGCUUCAUAUGCCCUUAUUAAUUUCUCCUGCUUCCAUGCCUCUUACGCCAAGUCUCCAGGAUGGAGACCUGCGUAUGGAAUUUACAACAUGUGGGUGUCUCUUUUUGGAGCAAUUUUGUGCUGUGCAGUCAUGUUUGUCAUCAACUGGUGGGCAGCUGUCAUCACCUAUGUUAUUGAGUUCUUCCUCUAUAUCUACGUGACCUAUAAGAAGCCAGACGUGAACUGGGGCUCCUCUACACAGGCUCUGUCCUAUGUGAGUGCUUUAGAUAAUGCUCUGGAAUUAACCACAGUAGAAGAUCAUGUGAAAAAUUUCAGGCCCCAGUGUAUUGUCUUAACAGGAGGACCUAUGUCAAGACCUGCCCUAUUGGACAUAACUUAUGCAUUUACCAAAAACAGUGGCCUAUGCAUCUGCUGCGAAGUCUUUGUGGGACCGCGCAAGCUGUGUGUUAAAGAGAUGAACAGUGGCAUGGCAAAAAAACAGGCCUGGCUUAUAAAGAAUAAGAUCAAGGCCUUCUAUGCUGCAGUGGCAGCAGAUUGUUUUAGGGAUGGAGUCAGAAGUCUCCUUCAGGCCUCCGGCUUAGGAAGAAUGAAACCAAACACUCUGGUGAUUGGAUAUAAAAAAAAUUGGAAGAAAGCUCCCUUGACAGAAAUUGAAAACUACCUGGGAAUCAUACAUGAUGCUUUUGAUUUUGAGAUUGGUGUGGUCAUAGUUCGAAUCAGCCAGGGAUUUGAUAUCUCUCCAGUCCUUCAGGUACAAGAUGAAUUAGAGAAAUUAGAACAGGAGAGACUGGCUUUGGAAGCUACUAUCAAAGAUAAUGAAUGUGAAGAAGGAGGCAUCCGAGGUUUGUUUAGAAGGGCUGGAAAGUUGAACAUUUCCAAGCCAACUCCUAAAAAAGACAACAGUAUCAACACUGUCCAAUCAAUGCAUGUUGGUGAGUUCAACCAGAAACUUGUGGAAGCCAGCACCCAAUUUAAAAAGAAGCAAGGAAAAGGCACCAUUGAUGUUUGGUGGUUGUUUGAUGAUGGAGGGUUAACUCUUCUUAUCCCCUAUAUCUUGACGCUGAGGAAAAAAUGGAAAGAUUGUAAAUUAAGAAUAUAUGUUGGAGGGAAGAUAAACCGCAUUGAAGAAGAAAAAAUUUCAAUGGCUUCUCUUCUGAGCAAAUUUAGGAUAAAAUUCGCAGACAUCCAUAUCAUUGGUGACAUCAAUAUUAAGCCAAACAAAGAGAGCUGGAAACUCUUUGAAGAGAUGAUUGAACCAUACAGGCUCCAUGAAAGCUGCAAAGAUUUAACAACUGCUGAGAAAUUAAAGAGAGAAACUCCAUGGAAAAUUACAGAUGCAGAACUGGAAACGGUGAAAGAAAAGAGUUAUCGUCAAGUGCGGCUGAAUGAACUGUUGCAGGAGCACUCAAGAGCUGCAAAUCUCAUCGUCCUGAGCCUCCCAGUGGCAAGAAAAGGAUCUAUCUCAGAUUGGUUGUACAUGGCUUGGCUGGAAAUCCUAACAAAGAACCUCCCACCUGUCUUACUUGUUAGAGGAAAUCACAAAAAUGUCCUGACAUUUUACUCUUAA